CUGUACAACGCAGAGACGCAGAAACAGGGGACUUUGCCGAAAAUCGCCACUUAUCUCUUUAUAGUUCACUGCAGCGACAUGCCAAGCGCUAAGUAAAUAUCCUUCGGUAUCUGAUUCGCCAGUUGUCAUUGUGUACUUCCCUCUGCAUUCUUCUUUACCUGUCGGUGUCGGUGUUUCACACAGGUCAGCUCUGCCAUGGGCAACAGUAAUAGCCUUUUCGGAAACCACGUUGCUGGAGAUAUCAACCCUGGAGCUAAACCAACGAAGUUGGAAUUUGCAGUGAAAAUGUCCUGUAAUGCUUGUGUAGAGCAGAUAAGAUCAAAACUCGAUGGAGUGUCAGGCAUCGACAACUUCAAUAUUGACUUCACAAUGGGUACUGUAGUUGUGGAGACUAGUUUGCCGUCAUAUGUAAUACAGCACCGUAUUCAAAGCACAGGAAAAGAUGUAAUACUUCGCGGGAUUGGUGGGAAAGAGCACAAGAACCUGGGGUCUGCUGUUGCUAUGCUUGGCGGAGAUAGCGGAUUUAGUGCGACAGGUGUGCAUGGAGUUGUUCGAAUGACACAGUUUGAUGAAGCCAAUUGCAUAAUAGACGGAACAAUAGAUGGGUUGAGCCCGGGAAAACAUGGCCUGCAUAUUCACGAAUGUGGGGAUAUCUCAAAAGGGUGUGACAGUGUUGGAGGCCAUUACAAUCCCAACAAUGUAAAUCAUGGCAGCCCCGAAAUGGAUGAAAUGAACAGACAUGUUGGUGAUCUUGGAAAUGUACUUGCAGACACUGAUGGAAGAGCUGUUUUUCGUAUUGUAGAUCGUCUUGUUAAAGUUUGGGACAUUAUUGGUCGAUCCAUUGUUAUCACUGAAUCUGAAGAUGAUUUGGGUACUGGCGAGAAAGAAAUUUCUAAAGUAGAUGGAAAUUCAGGGCACAGGUUAGCAUGUGGAAUCAUUGCUAGAUCAGCAGGCCUUUUUGAAAACAGUAAAAAAAUAUGUGCUUGUGAUGGUCUUACUCUGUGGGAUGAAAAGAACAAACCGUUGGCUGGCAGUUCACGGCAGCAGAAGCAGGAACAAGAAGAGGGACUGCAGCCCUCUUCCAGUUUAUAAUGCUAAUUAACAAUGCCAGUUCUCUGCUACAAAAUCCAUUCCACCUGCUAGUUGAUUGCCCUCAUCUCUUGCUUAACCUUUGUGUAUAUGUUGUUCGAGAUUGGAGUGUACCCAGAACCAAAUAAGUACAUAAAGCAGUAGUAUAUGGAUAAACAAAAUAAUUGUAGAAACUUAUGCUACCUGAAAUGUUGAAUCGAUUUCGGAAGUUUUGAGCCUGAUGUAAAUUGUUGUGGUAUAUUGUGAUAAAUGAGCACCUCAUAGGGUCUCCGUUCCGUAUGUCUUUAGUUGCUUUCGAUACAUUUGCUGCAGGUAAACACCAAUAUUUCCUCCUUAAUUAAGUUUUUGAUCAAACUCUGUGAUGAUGAUUAUUGUUUAAUAUGUUUGCUAUGCUGUACCUAAUAAAGUAAUUUUUUAAUGUUCAA